UUAACACUAUUUCUUUUGAAUAAUUUUGUUUCUGUUGAAAGUUUUAGCACUAUAAAUUGUUUUUAUUCAAAAUAUAUGCUUUAUUACUUUUAUACUGUACACCCUCAUUUCAAUCAAAUUGUAUCACAUACACAAGUUGACAUUAAUAAAAUUAAGGAAUUUGAAGAAAAAAUCAAAUCUAUGGGAAGUAUUGUAUUAUCUAUGCUUGAAAACAUAUAUUAUGAUCAUUUAAAUAAUCUGAAAAAAACACAUUUAAAUAAAUCAAAAUCCAAUAUAAGUGGUCCUUAUUCAUAUGUAUAUGGUUUAGUUUUAGUGAAUUUGUAUUUAAAUAAUAUGUUCGACACUUUGAAAAUUAAAACGUUCAAUGAUAUUGAAAUUAAAAAUGAUGAUGAAGAAUUAAAUGAAUAUGAUAUCUUUAUAAAAGAAUUCAAAAAAAUAUACGAUGAUAUAAUUUUUGUACUAAAUCAUUCAGUAAAUGAAGAAUGCUUUAAAAAUAAUAAAUCAUUAGAGGUGCCGGAUAGUUUUUGCUACGAUGAAUGUGUUCCAAAUGAUUUGCCUGAAUAUGAAUAUUUAAAUGAAUUGUUGCCUGAAUUAGAUUUUUAUGAAAGGAAAAAAGCUAGAGCUAUGAAAUUAUUAGACAAAACUAGAGAAGAAUUAAAUAUUUAUUUAAGUGUUAAACCAGAACGAGAAUUGGAGGCAGUUAAAAAGGUGCAAAACAAUUUUCAUCCAUCUAAAAUUUUACUAUCUGGCUUGUUUAUAGAUAAAAGAAAUGAGAGUGAAAAAGAUUUAUUAACUGGCUCCGUGGAUCCUAUGUAUUUACUAUAUAAUGUUCAGGUCAACGAAAAACUAGUGAACGGUAAUUUCGCAAACAUAGCAGUACUGUAUAAAAUGAUUCAACGAUAUUAUGAUUUAUUUUGCGUGAUGGAAUUUCAAAAACAAAUUUUUGCUGCGACAAUACACCCUUUAUACUUAUGGGUUGGAUCAUAUGCACAAAUAGUCAAACAUAUACUUUUUAACAAGGUCAAAUAUCCAAACGAAAAUACAAAAAGAGCUGAAACUCAUGCAACUCAAUUGAUUGAGAUAAGUAGAUCAGUUCAAACAUUAAUUAAAAAUCUUAUGGAUCUAAAAAUACUUCCAGAUUCGUGUGACACUCAUUUACAAGAGACUUUAUCUCAAGUGGCAAAAUUUUCAUCAAUUGACUACAUUUUUGAAUUAAAACUAGAAGACGUCGAUGAACUCUAUACAAGGUGCGCUAAAGCGAUGGAAAUAAACCGUUUGAAAUUUAACAGUGAAAUCAAUUCUUUAGAAACAUAUAACAAUGAAAAUUGCGAUAACAUUUUAGAACGGUUGAAGAGUAAAUACGUUGAACUUAACAUAUAUGUAGACAAUUUGAGUUUGUACAAAGAAGACUACAACUAUAUUCUUCAGCCGUCAACGAAACUGUUUGAUUUUGAGGAUAUUUUUACCAGAACUAAUUCAUGCAAUAUCGUGGAUAAAAAUAAAAAUGGCUUCCAUUUGUUUGGCAAAAACUAAGUACAACGAAAAUAAAUAAAAUAAUCACACGUAAUUUAAUUUAAAACGACAAUAUAGAAAUACAAUGUAUCAAGUAUUAGAAGAUUAAUUUACAAGUAUAUUAGUUUAUUGAAAGGUCUAAAAGUUAUUUAGAGAAACAUAUAAUACAUACUUCAAAGAAUAGAAUUAAAUUUACAGUAUUCAACUAAAGUAAAUUGAUUAUUAUAUAAUAUUUAACGAUUGAUUUCGGUAUUUUAAAUAAAUAAAAUUAGUUCAUAAUUAUCUACUACAAAAAGACUGAAUCAAUAUCAAUACAGUAGUAAUAAUGUGAUAAUGGAAAAUAAUUAUAAAUAAUAUUUCAAAUUCAAUGAAAACGCCGAACGAUAUAAAUAUUAUAAUAACAAUGGUUUGAAAUGUUGAAAAUGACCUAGGGACUUUAAUAUUAUCUACAGAAAGUGCGGGUGGAUAUUCGGUUUUAUGCCAAUAAACGUCCAUCAAUAUUCCGGGGGCUUAACCAGUUCGCUGUAGCGUAAAAACGCCGAAACUGUGAUUAAAUGUUUCCAGACCAUUAAAUCCGGAGUAUUUGUAAAGUAAUUAGGCACUCAGGGACACCCCGAAGCAACUUACUACUGCCACCCUUCCAUGUUUCUCUUUUUUUUUUCAGUGGUUGAUUCAGUAACAAUUGUAUCUCGUUAUUAAACCACCCACUGUAAUGGAUUUAUACACAAAAUAAGCAAAUAAAAUAUACUACCACUAUAAAAACCAACACUUUAGCAAUCGUUCCACUGAGUUUCCAAGAAAAAAUCUUCCCUUUUCAUUAUGAAAGAUAAUUAUGUGGCCAAUUUAAAAAAAAUAAUCGGGAUAUUUUUGGUGAAAUACGAGAAGUCCUAAAUUAGUAAUAUUGUUCAUAAUAUUAACAAUUGCAUGUAAAAAAGAAUGUUGUUAUUUCGCAACGUCUAUUACUCUGUAUAUAAAUAUUUAUCCCAAGUGUUUGUUUUGCUAUAAAAUAAUUUCAUUUGCCAUUUUUACCUUUUAAUUUUUUUCAUAUUUAUUUAGAUUAAAUCUAUUUAUUCAUGCUUAAAUACUUCAGCUAGAAUAUUCAAUACUAACAAUGUAAACGAUUAUGUAAAUAAUAGUAAAUUAAUUACUUAUUCAUUUAAGUCUAAGGAAUAUACAAAUU